CAUCCGCGGAGAAGAGAUGUGUAUUUGUUGCGCUGCCUGACCGAGGGGAGCAUCGCCAUUUCCACGACGCCUUGAGCAGAGCAGGUUCCCAAUUGUUCCUUGUAUGAUAAAUAUAAGAAUGUCUUCACCAUUGACAAGACUAGCUAAAAAGAACUCACAGCUUCCACAACUUUUGAGGCUGUUAACAGUGAGAUGUCAAUCCACACAAGCACAAACUUCUGACCUAAAAAGCAGACUUGAACAAUUAGUUCCAGAAAAGAGAAAGGAAGUUGCAGAAUUCCGUAGAGAACAUGGUGAUACAAAAAUUGGAGAAGUCACUGUUGGCAUGGCAUAUGGUGGAAUGCGAGGUAUUAAAGGCUUGGUCACAGAAACGUCUGUUCUAGAUGCUGAAGAGGGAAUUCGUUUUAGAGGCUACACUAUUCCUGAUUGCCAAAAGCUGCUACCUCAUGCUGAGGGUGGAGAAGAGCCUCUACCAGAAGCUAUUUUCUGGUUGCUAUGCACAGGCGAAAUACCAACAAAAGCACAAGUAGAUAUGAUAUCAAAAGAGUGGGCUGCUCGUGCUGAACUCCCUCAGCAUGUUGUUAUGAUGUUGAAUAACUUCCCCGAAGAUCUUCACCCAAUGACUCAGUUCUCUGCGGCGAUUGCUGCUCUGAAUAAAGACAGCAAGUUUGCAAAAGCCUACAACGACGGUGUAAAAAAAACUGAUUACUGGAUGAGUGCAUAUGAAGAUUCAAUGGAUCUGAUUGCAAAACUACCUGUAGUAGCUGCUUGUAUCUAUCGAAACAUGUACCGAGAUGGGAAGGUUUCCCCCAUUAAUCCUGACAAAGAUUUUGGUGCUAACCUUGCCGAGAUGUUGGGAUACAAUAACCACGAAUUCAUCGAGCUGAUGCGCCUGUACCUAGUGAUCCACAGUGACCACGAAGGUGGAAAUGUCAGUGCUCACGCGACACACUUAGUUGGCAGCGCCCUGUCAGACCCCUACCUAUCCUUCUCUGCAGGUAUGUGUGGUUUGGCUGGACCACUCCAUGGAUUAGCAAAUCAAGAAGUGCUGAUAUGGUUGGACAAACUUGUUAAAGAUGUUGGUUACGAUGUGACCACAGAUCAACUUCGAGAAUACAUUCGUGAAACACUUAAAACCUCAGUUGUUCCAGGGUAUGGUCACGCUGUCUUGCGAAAGACCGAUCCUCGCUACACUUGUCAGCGAGAAUUUGCUUUAAAGCAUUUACCAGAUGAUCCCCUUUUUAAAAUCGUGGGAAAAGUGUACGAAGUUGUGCCGGACGAAUUGAAAGCCCUGGGUAAAGUAGCCAACCCAUGGCCGAAUGUUGAUGCUCAUUCUGGAGUGUUGUUGCAGUACUAUGGUAUGACUGAAAUGAAUUACUACACUGUGUUAUUUGGUGUGUCGCGCGCUCUUGGUGUGUUGGCGUCGCUUGUUUGGGACCGUGCGUUUGGUUUUCCCAUUGAAAGACCGAAGAGUAUGAGUACAGAAGGAUUGAAAAAGUUUGUCAGAAAAUAAUUUUUGUACAAAAAAGUAUAUUGUUUAUGAGAUGUGAAAUAUUUUAUCGCUCCUUUCAAAGAUAGGUGAUAAUUCUUUUGCAGCACAAAUCUUUUAAAAUACGAAAAUACUGUCUCGUUUCAAAUCCUGUUCGUCUCGUUUAAAAUUCUGUUCCUCGUAUUUUUCUAAAAAAUAUAAUGUGAAAUAUAACUUGUUUUGUUUCUGUAUACCUAAAUUUCCACGUUGUAAAGAAUAAAAUAAUAGUAUCUGCCA